UCUUGCUGGGAGAUUGUUGUCAUGCUGUUUAGCGCUAUAUUCUUACAAUACGCGACUGCUCUUGCUUUUGGCCCCAAAACGCAUGUCGAUGAAGUAAGGGGGCAUGAACUUCGUGACUUCCAAUUAACACGACCAUUCAGCGGUGCACUAUCUUGGAAUCUGUGUGGAGAUGCCUUUAUUACGAGAAACAAGAUUCGGCUGACGAGGGAGGCUCAAUCGUUAAAUGGAUCAGUAUGGAGCAAACAUGUAGUCAAAGCCAGAGAUUGGGAAAUACAGGUAGACCUUCGUGUAUACUCUUUGUCUUCUCCUCCAGCAGAUGGCAUAGCUAUUUGGUACCUAGAUGAACCACAAUGUGGGUCGGCAUGGGGCGGCCCGACAAAGUCAUCAGGGAUAGCAGUAGUUCUCGACACCUAUAAGAACACGAUGACAUCGGAUUCAACGCUCCAAAGCACACGUUUAUUUGCUGUCCUCAACAGUCGACCUUUCGACACCACACUUGAUCCAUCUACUGAUGGUUCAAGUUUGAGGUUCAAUUUCGAGUGCGACUUAAAAAACGAUGUUGUUUCCCGCCAAAUUCCAAUGGCUUACGACCACACGCCCAACAUCAAGAUAUUAGUACGAUAUAUACAUGACGAGCUCGGCGUGUAUUACACUUUGCCUCUUCGCGACCAAGUACACUGGCAAUAUUGUUUCAACGUCAGCGGCGUCUUUCUUCCAAUUGACUACCACAUUGGAGUUUCGGCUGCUACUGGAGAACUGACGAGCACUCAUGAGCUGCUGUCGCUAAGAGUAUAUCAGCUAGAAUCCACGCAUCUCAUGCGCGAACCUGUCGAGGCACCGGUGUACACUGAGCUGUCGUCAGUGAUUUACGUCGACAAGAAAAACACCUUUUGGGAUGAUUUUCUGGAAUACGUCGAAAUAACUAUCGUUGUCAUCUUGGCGACAAAUAAAGAUGGGCCUGCUGGUGAGGCACGAGGAACCGCUCUUGCUUUGUCAAUGUUUUUACAACGAUUUGAUCAACUGAGAUUAGAAACUUGA